UCAUAAGUGGAAAAGGAGGCACUGUCAGAGAACAUGCGAUAAAGCUCGCACUGAUAUUAGAUCUGUGUAGUAUGCUCAUUACGAUUAGUCAGUGUUCGACCGUCAGCGAGAGAACAUCUCAGUUCGGACUGUAAAGAUAUGGAUCAACGGUUGCGCCGUCUGGGACCGCAUUUCCAAAGAGCUCUAUGAGGUGCCUUGUAUCCAGCCUCUACGCUUACGUAACAAGGUUACCAGUUCCCAGUCCCUGCCGAGUGCAAGCUUUGAUCACCGGUCAGUUGAGGAUCUUCCGUAAUGUAAUCAAACAUUUUUGGCUCGUUUCUUGGCCUUUUUGGGACUACAGGCUCGAAACUCUGUUGCUUUGUAACCCAAGGUGUUCCAAGAUGAGUGCUGCACCGUUUACAGUGGAGAUGAUCUUUGUGUUUCUUCUGACAUUGUGUCUUCUUCAUCAGUAUGGAAAUUGGCGAAAGCAACAUUGGCUGGUGACCAUAGCAGUCUUCAUUGCUUGGUAUUUCUCAUUCCUAAUUGUUUUCAUCCUUCCUUUAGAUGUUUCAGCGACGUUCUACAGAAAAUGUUUGAAAGAUGCUCAAGUGAACUCACGACAUAAGAGAGAGAUUUUGUCGAACACUUCUUCAAAUUUCUCGGAGAGUAACUCAAGCCAGACUACUUCGUCAAACUGCGAGAAACCCUGGAGUUAUUUACGGGAACAUGUUCUUCCAGAUCUUUGGCGGGUAGUUUACUGGUCUUCUCAGAUACUUUCUUGGUUUAUCCUUCCUAUUAUGCAGUCCUACUCAUAUGCGGGUGACUUUACUGUGCGGGGUAAAAUCAAAACAGCACUGUAUGAGAAUGCACUAUGGUAUGGCAGCUAUCUCGUCAUCUUUGGUAUCCUUCUGAUCUACGUUAUUGUGAAGCCUGAACUACAUUUAGAUGGAACAUAUUUGAAAAUCAUUGGAAUCACUGCAUCUAACACUUGGGGAUUGUUGCUUCUGGUGUUCCUUAUGGGGUAUGGUUUGGUAGAAGUGCCACGCACUACAUGGAACACUGCUCGGCUGGAGUUCCAGAUGGCUCAUGCUUACUUCAAAAUAUCAAAACUUAGUGUGGAAAGGGAAGAGGCGGAGGAACAAUUGUCAGAAGUAUUGGAGGAAGUAAGUCGGGCAUCAGAAGUUUUACGUUACAGACAUCCCCUUAGAAAGCACCUUGAAGUUAUCAUUAAGAAGUUCCCAGAAUCUUCGCAGUCCAAUUUUAACAGAGGAACUGAUGACUAUGUUGAUUACGAGGAUUACCUGAAGGAGACUGGGAGUAGAAUCACUGAGACCUACACAGAGAAAAGCUUAGCAAAACUUCACAAGAGGGUGAUUACCAUCACUCACACAUGGAAACGCACACAAUGGCUAAGAUUGCAGGUGAUAUCAUGUGUAACCAUUUCAUACAUGUGUGUCUGUGUUUACUACACUGUCUUCAAAAUGAGGUUCUUCAAUUAUUACUACUUUGCUCCAGAGCAUCAGACAGAUCCAAAUAGCUUGCUCUUCAGUGGAUUGCUUCUUUGUCGCCUGACAUAUGCUUUGUGUCUUAACUUCCUUGCUGUCAUUCAUCUUGAUGGACAUGUUACUGGAGCAGUUGAAAAAGUUGAAACUUCCUUCACUAAGUUUAUGGGCCACAUGGACGUGUUGUCUUUCAUUUCCAAAGGAGUCAACUUGUACUAUCCCAUGUGUGUUGUGUUGGUGUGCUUGGCAACGUACUUCAGUCUGGGUACCAGGUGUCUCAACUGUCUUGGUUUCCAAACUUUUAUUAUUGAAGAUGAUUUGUCAGCAGAGUAUGUCAGUGAGGGAAAAGAUAUUGCUCGAAGAGAGAGAAGGAAAAGGGAGAUGUUGACUGAAGAUGGAAGUCGCAAGGAAUCUUGGUCAGAAAGGGCCGAGUCAGCAAAAAGAAAGCUUUCAGCUCGCAAGGCUGAGCGUGAAGGACGCGGACUCUCAAUCAAUGACAAUGCAACAUCUUUGACAAACCUUACAGGGUCUGAUGGGAAGUAUGCAAAGUAUUCUAGGUUCGACACUGAAAGUGAUCGUGUUGAGUUGUUGUCCGCUGCUGACUAUGAUGCCAAUAGUUUAUCGUCAAGUUAUAAUGCAACUUCUGGGUAUGGAAUAUCAUCACCCUCUAGUCGAGCACCAAAGAACAUUUUUGAUGACUUAUAACACAAGGAAUUUGACAUGAACAUGUAAUUCCUGAGAGUUAUUUAGAUCUAAUUUCUCUUUGCAACAUAAACAAAUUGCCAAGCAAAAAGGUAAUUACAAUGAAGAUAACCAUUGAAUUAUCAGGAUAUAAAUACAGCAAAUUCUAUGAUUUUGAUGCAGCAACAAAUUCUCAUAAGUAGUGUGACAAGAAGUGUUAUAGUAUUCAGUAAGGAGAAUUGAUAUUCUAAUGAGCUUGGUUACAAAAGGGCAAAACUUUAAUUAAUAUGUAGAGAGGGUUGGUACUUCUUACUGGUAAUAACAUUUUUAAAUGUAACUUCACUUGGCUAAUUAAACAUUUGAUAACUAUUUAUGAAAUAACAUCUGUUACCUAAGGUUUAGUGAACUUUUGCUGUAUGGACAACAAAGAAAUAACUGAAAAUGUAUAUAAGCGCUACUGUCAAUUUUUUUUUCAAUUUAGGUGAACCUGAUUAACAUGACUAAAGUGAAUUGUUGUUUUGGGAUUUAUUUGUCCCCCUGUAAGGUUUUUCCUGUUCCUUUGCAUCCCUUCUGAUACAUAAAAGUGGUUAAAAAUGUCCUUGUAUACUGGACAAAUAGGUAGUUAUUGUCAAAGCACAUGUAGACAUGCAGGGGUUUCAUUAACAUUUUUACCACAAGGGUAAACUGGUUUUCACUGAUGGGCAAAACGUUUUGAACUGAACUUCUUUAAAAGAAGAACUUUCCUCCAGAUGGUCAAACCAGGUGGGCAAAAUCGGCCGCACAGUGGAUCAAGUUGCCCAGUGCCCAGCCCUUAAUUAAACCCCUGGACAUGAGUUGUAAAUUUUGCAUUAGUCUAAUCUAUGAUUUGUUUAGCGGCAUUUGUAGCAGUAAGCAGGAACGACAAUGCAUUGUUAAAUUUGAGAUGUAACAGUUGACUGUUUUAAUGUGUUUGUAUUAAUUCAACUUCUUUUGACAAGGUUAGAAAUGAACGUCAUCUUGAUAACUUUUUACCACUAACAGUAACAUGAUCACUUGUAGUUAAUAGUUAAACUGUAAGUAACUUUGUUUUAAGUGGAUUAAAAACCUUACAGAACACCAAGUGAUAUAAUUGUAAAAUGUUUGUGAUUGUAUUUAUUUAUAACUUAGCAAGCAUGGAACAUUUUGCUGUUCAAUAAAGAUAUUUGAAAUGCA